AUGGCGACGGGAUCCAUGGAGGCGGCCCUCACGAGCGAUCCGACGAUCAAGCUCCCCGACGACCUCCUGGUCGAGAUCAUCUCGCGCGUGCCCUACAAGUCCACCUGCUGCUGCAAGUGCGUCUCCACGCGCUGGCGGGACCUCAUCUCCCACCCCGACCACCGCGAGAAGCUUCCCGGGUCGACCCUCGCCGGUUUCUUCUACAAAACCUGCGGCAUAGGCCGCAAUCCACGGUUUCCUCAUGUUUACCAAAGCGUCUCGGGUAACUGGUGCCCUCUUGACGCCUCACUCUCGUUCCUACCUGAAUGCGAGGAGCUCGACAUCUUGGAUUGCUGUAGCGGCCUCCUCCUCUGCCGACGCCGGACUGCCCCCAAGGCGUGGGAUGACCCUGGGACAUUGGAGUACGUGGUGUGCAAUCCUGCUACUGAGAGAUGGGUAUCCGUGCCCGCCACCGAGUAUUCCUGGUUUUUGAACGAUGCUCGCCUGGGAUUCGACCCGGCCGUCUCCUCCCACUUCCAUGUGUUCGAGUUGGUAACUGCCGUGGCUUUGAAUCUGAAUAAUAAGUAUGAUUAUCGCAUCGAAGAGGUGGGGAUCUACUCUUCCAAAGCGGGAGGUUGGACACAUCAAAUUGUUUGGGACGAUCCAACUGAGAUACUCUGCUUAUCAGGUGGCGCAUUUUUCGACGGAGUGUUGUAUUUACGUUCUGAUAGUAACACAGUUGCAGCCAUCGACGUGCAGGGUAAUUAUAGGAUCAUUCCUGUUCCUACUUCACCUGAUGCUCGUGGUGUUCCUAAUGUUUAUGUAUCACGAGGACAAUUGUAUCUCACAGAUCAUGGUUCUUCUGAACUGUCAAUCUGGGUUCUUGAAGAUUCUAUUAGUGAAAAUUGUUGGACAUUGAAGCUCAAAGUCAGUUACUUGCAACUGUUUGGAGUAGAGUAUUCAAGCGCCAGGGAACAUUACGGUGUUAUCUCAGCCCACCCAGAAGACAAUGUGAUAUUCAUAAUUGUAGAAUCUGCAUCAGGGAUCUUUUGGCAGAUGAAAUUAUUUUCAUACGAAAUGGAUUCUAAAGAGCUGCGUUUUGUAUGUGAUCUUGGACGGAAUUCAAGGUGCCCUUAUCUUUCAUAUGUUCCUUUGUUCUCGGAGUCAUUGACGGAUGGGCACUGA